AUGUCGAAAAGACCAACGUUAGAAGAAGUCGAUGAUGACAUCGAUAACAUGGACAUGGACAUCGCUGAGUUCGACCCCAGCUUAAGAACUCCAGUGGCUCCAUUGAGGCCCCAACCACAAGUGACCAGAUCCCAAGAUCAAGAGUUUGGUAACUUCCCUAUUCCACCCAACAUGCAACCAACCCCAGCCCAAAACCAACAAGUAAGAAAGAAUGAUAUAGUCGAUCCAAAGGAUUUCUCGCAAGAAGAGCGUGAACAGUUGCAAAGGUUUCAAAUCAUCUACCCCUGCUACUUCGAUGUUCAAAGAUCACAUAAAGAAGGUAGAAGAGUCAGCGAAAAGAAUGCUGUGUUCAACCCUUUGGCCAAAACCAUAUCCGAUGCAUGUAGAGCUUUGAAGUUGCCUGUUCUCUUGGAGUUGGACAAAACACAUCCCCAAGACUUCGGUAACCCAGGAAGAGUCAGAGUGAUGAUCAAAGAUAGCAAGGCUGGUGGAAAAGUGGUUGACCCAAGAUUCCAAAAUAAGAGGUUGUUGUUGAAUACCAUCGCAGCAUAUUUGAAAGACCACCCCACAACCUUGGCCAGUAUUGGACCAAAGAGUGGAAUUGCACUUCCUCCUGAAUUUGAACACGGGUUUGAAGCUGAGGAGAUUCCCCAAGUCAGAGGUUUUAAGAUGAACUCGAUCGUGCCGGUGCACUCUAACUUCACUCUCAAGCAUCCUAUGACCAAGUCUAUUUACGACCCAGAACCAGAAGAACCUCAGUAUAAGGCACCAAUUGCACCAAAGCAGCCAAAGAAGAAGGUCAUGAAGAUCAGGGGUUAA